CAUGCGUAUAGAGGUGAACUAUGAUGGCCAAGGUUUCGAGAACUUCCCUCCAUUGCGGAAUUAAAGUGUCAAUCAGCUUUUGCUGAUGAUGAAAUUCCAUAAAUGACAGUGAUUUCGAUGCGAAAAAUGAUUCAGUUGCAGUACCAAGGUUCAGUUGUUGAAUUGGCUUUUCCACUGGAUGUGGUUUCGUAGAGUUAAGAGGUGGUCUCCCUUGCAAGCAGACUUACCAAUUCAAAACAGAUGGCUCAAUUGAAUAAUAGUAACUUGGAAGGAGCAUCAAUCAACAUAAACAACAGUAAGGUUAUUUUUGGGGAUGAUGCUACAAUUGUAGAUGUAUCAAAUGACACAGACCAUUGCACUGCUAUUCAAGAACAGCUGCGAACAAGGUACCUCAAUCAUUACUCAUCAUGGACAAUACCAAGAAUAGAUCCAGAAAAAGGAUUUGUGUAUAAACCAGAAGACAGAACUUCUUUUAUGGUUGAGUUGACUCUUGUCAGUGAGCAAUCUGCUGCUACCAGUCCGGUGAAACCAGCAAACGAGUUAAGUUAUCACUUGCUUCAAAGAAGACACUCUUCAUCACUACUUGAUCUACCAGACAUCAUAGAUCCCUCACUUAAAUGCAGCUUGCUUUCAGGAAUGGCAGGCAUAGGAAAAACAAGUACGGUAGAAAAUUUUGCAUUAUGCUGGGCAAAAAGGCAGCUAGGUUCUCUCGACUUUGAUUUUGUAUUUCUUUUUAACUGCCGUAAUUUUAUCCGGUACAAAAAAAAGCAAAUCAACGCCGAAAAGCUUUUUCUUGAAGAAUUCAACGUUAAUUAUAGAAAUCUAAGUAAUGUUGAUGGUAGCAGAGUCUUGAUUAUUUUCGAUGGGCUUGAUGAGGUUGAGUCGCUCUCAUCAGUCCUCAAAGAUGUUGCUUCAGAAGAUAUUUACAAUUUGUUCCGCGAAAUGAUGAAAGAAAAAAGCUCCAUUUUCCCAGGGCACACAACACUACUUGUUGGAAGACCGCACGUCUUGUCAACAUUGAAGCGUUUUCAAAUGCUGACAGGGGCAUUCAGAGUGGUUCAGAUUCUUGGAUUCACUAAGGCAGCCAUACAGUCCUAUGUUGGCAAAUUUAGCUGUAAUGACAUUUUGUUGCAACAGCAUAUACUGGAGAAAAUAUUUGAGAAUACCUCCAUCAAGGCAAUGGCACGAAUUCCCCAGCUUCUCUGUAGCAUCUGCUCAGUAUAUUCAUGGGAAACCAAAGAUCUCCAAUUAGAGAAAAAAAGCGAAUUGUUUUUAUGGACCUUGUUGUCGUUCUUGAGGCAUCAGUUUCCCCAAUUCACAGGUUUGCCUCCGAAUGAGCUGUUGUCACAUGACGUAGUUAAUUCCUUUAUUUUGAUUAUUGCCAAGUUGUCUUACGAACUCCUGAAGGAUAAUCGUAUCAUAUUCGAAAAAAAAGAAGUGAAGGAGCUGGAAACGGAAGAUACUUUGCUAAAGAGCCUUCUUGAAACGUUUUUGGCACAGGUUGAAACCUUUGAUAAAUUUCCCCAGUACCAAUUUAGACAUUUAAUUAUUGAGGAAUUCUUUGCGGCGAUUCAUUGCUUUGUAUCGAACAUAAGUGCUUGCAAAUUGAUGAAUAAGGAAUUUUACGAAAUUACCGAAUUUCUCGCUGGCCUUGUGCGAGGUAAUGAAAGAAGUUCGAGCAGCAUUGUAUCGAUAUUUGCCAAGAUUAUCUUGAAAAAUUAUGGAGAGAGGCAUAACAGUUUUCGGAAAAGAGCUGCAUCGAUUGGCAGGAAGAAGAAACAGCAAUCAGUGGUCAUGAUUGCAGAGGAGGUAUUUUUACAAUGGAAACAGUGGAAAAUUUCGUGUGAUGUGUUCUGCAGUGUAUUUUACGAGCUUUUUGAUAAAGAUGACACGUUACCUAAAUGUAUUCAAUUCAAUGAUCAGUUUGACGUGCUGCUGUCCUCUCUCACAUCACUACAGGUAGUCAGGCUCAAUCACUUUUUGAAAUGCAUGAGCGGGAAUGGCAUUAGUGGAUUUGAAUCCUUGCGUAAUUUGCGUCUAUGUAUAAGCAAUACCGAUUUCUCAGAAAGUGGAGAAUUUUGCAAUCUCUUCUGUUCACUAACUACGGUGAAAGACGUUCGUUUUGUGCAGUGUACAUUUGGAGGCAAAUCGCUUGAAAUUCUUUGCCAUGCGAUUUUGACAAGCCAGCACCACUGCCCACUAUCGGGUUUGAGUUUCCGGUAUUGCAACUUGAGCAGUAACCAACUUUAUGGCCUCACGAAAUGUGCCUCAUGUCUUGGAAAAUUCUCUCUAGUGGGAGAGCUUGUCAGGCCUGAUGUGACACAGCGUCUUGUCAAUGAGAUAUUGCGUGCAUUGUCAGGGUUUCGUUGCUGUAUUAAAGAACUAGAACUACGUGACUGUAAGCUCAACGGCUUCUGCUUUGAUGAAAUUGGAAAGCUUCUACGUAUUUUAGAGACUGUGAACCUUUCUGGUAAUGUAGUCGGCAGGCUAACUGUCACUAACAUCAUACAGUUAGUGGGGCGACAAAAGAAACUCGAACCCAUUACCCACAAGCUUAAAGCACUUGUACUGCGAAACUGCGGCAUUGGUGAUGAAGAAUGGAAGGAAAUACAGAAAUUGGCGCAUGCAAGCAGUGGAAGGAGCAAGAUUUCUUUUGAAAUUUAAGUUUUUUUAUUGAGUGCGAUUAGAUUAAAGAAACUUGUUCCCCUUAGGUUGCGCUUUCCACGUAUUACUUAGUUGUACGUAGCUGAUAAUUCACACGUUAUUCCUUAAUCAUUUUGGGCAGCCUUGCAAAGAGCUUGUAUCACCCCCAUGGCUGAGACUCGUCUCUUGGUCACGGCAGGAAAAUAUCUUCCCAGCCACUUUAGUUGUAUUGUGGCCCCCCAAAAAACUUACCUGUGUUGAUCUUCGUUUGAAAAAGGAAAAGCAAUUUUUAGGAUUAUUCAAAUACAGCUUCUUACAAGCAGCGUCAAAUCAUAUACUUUUUGCUCAAACCCCUUCGCUCUGGGUAUUCAAGAUGUUCCCCUUUCUUAUGCACCCCCUAGCAAGCAUUUUAUUUGACCUGAUUUUAAUUUGUUGUAGAAUCCUGCCCGAAUUAAGUUCAAGGAAUUGACAGGAAGCGACGAAAGUUUUGUAUUUAAAGUAUUUUUCCUUUUUUUGCGAAUAAAAUUGCUUUCUAUUGCGGAAUUUUCCUAUGAAUUGUUAUAAAAAUAUUUGCUAGUAUUUUAUGCCCAGUAGUUGCUUAAUGACUUGUCGCUGGCCUGACAUACAAAGGUAUAUUUUUUUUGAAUUUCUAACACAUGAGUAAAGUUAUUUUCCAUAUCUUUCUUUUUAAUUGAUGUAUUUAGAGUUUGCUUAUAAGCAGAAUCAGGUGUAAAAAGUUAAUGCGAUAUCGAUCGUUCUUUAUUUUGUAAAAGUUAUUUCCUUUUUUGUAAAUGUUGCGACAUUCAAAGAAUGAAUCCACCUGUCCUGGCAUGUAAUUUUAGUAACAAAAAUUAUAGGUCAUUGGCUUCAGUUAUUUUGUAACUUUGAUAAGUAACUAGGUUUGUGCUGCUUGUUUUUUCUAAGAAAAUUUUGAUCAAAUAAAUUGUGCUUUUAAUAACA